CUCCCAUUAACAUUUCUCAAAUCUCCCUUAUCACCUUCAUUCGCUUCGGCAUUGUAUCUUACUAUGAUGGAAGAAUCCCUUUCGUGGGAUCGGAAUAGAUUUCAUUUAGCUGGGAAAUGGGUAGAAUCACCACAUACUGCUACUCAAUAUGUCAAGGAGGAUACGAAUGGAGCCAGAUAUUUCUGGUCAGGACAAGAAUUACAAUCUCCUAAGAAGUUUCCGAGGUUGUUAGAGGAAGCGGCGGAGAUGGUGGAGAAGGUUGUCAAUGAGGCUCUGGACAGAAAGGGAAGAUAUUCUUGGGAAUGGAAAGGUAAAUGGAAAGCCAAUUUAUGUGGAGCUAAUCGGUAUGAUGGAGCCGCUAGUAGUGUUGGCUGGCAUGCUGAUCAGCUUACUUAUCUAGGACCUUAUGCAACCAUCGCAAGUCUCUCCCUCGGAACUCCUCGAGGGUUUCGUCUUCGACCUACAACCCCCGUCGAUCCUGCGUUCGCUUUGACAACUCCUACCCGGACAUACGAAGUCAAAUUGGGUCAUAAUACUUUGGUACUCAUGAAUGCCGGAUGUCAAGAACGGUAUAAACAUACUGUUCCCACUCAAAAAGCUCUGGACCUGUUUCGUCCUGCAUGGGCUAUCGACCAAUCUCCAAUACCACCAACAGAUCAAAAGGCUUACGCCUCACGGAUCAACCUGACAUUUCGGUUUUAUCGCGAGACUUCCAUCCUGAUUCUGGUGUUGG